AUGAGCGCCAUAACGGUUGAGCCCCGAUCGGCGCGGUUGAACGUGAAAGGCGGAAAGUCACAUCAUCAAAUCCAAAACAAUCGUUUCGUUCGUUAUGCUUUCAAACUUCGUUUCACCGACAACGAGCAUUUCCGAUUCCAUCCGGUCUAUGGCUUCAUCGAGCCACAAAGUAGCACACCGCUCACAAUACGUCGAAUUCCGGCCGACACUGGGCCCACUGACGAACAAUUACACUUGUAA